CGGCGAUCUUCUUCUCAAUCGGUCAUUCGAGUGUCCAGCAUUCCUCUGCUUCCAGGAUGACCGACGUCGAGAGCUCUUUUGCGCCCCAGUUGCUCGGCCAAGAGAGCCAGAGCAAACACCGCGAGAGCUAUGCGGCUUCGAAGCCAUACAGACACGCCGUCGUUGAUGGCCUGAUCAACGAGGACCUGCUGAAGAAGGCGCGAGACGAGAUCGUCGAGGAGCUGCGAUUCACCGAGAAGGAGACGGACAUCUACAAGGUCAAUCAGACAGGGGACCUCGCCAACCUCGAUGGACUUCCCGAAUCGGAGAGGCAUAGACUAGAAGGCGUACUGCAGGUCCGCAACGCCAUCUAUUCCAAGCAAUUCCGCCAGUGGCUUAUGGCCGUUACGGGGUGCGGUCCCCUGAGCGAGAAGAAGAAGGACAUGAGCAUCAACGACUACACCAACGGCUGUCAUCUGCUGAACCAUGACGACGUCAUCUCUACUCGUCGACUAUCAUACAUUCUCUAUCUCCCCGACCCUGCCGAGGCGUGGAAGCCAGAGUGGGGCGGUGCUUUGGAGUUGUACCCUGUCGAGGGCAAACACGUUCCCUCGAACACGCCCAGCGUUGUGAUCCCACCCAAGUGGAACCAGUACACUUUCUUUGCCGUUCAGCCGGGGCAUUCCUUCCAUUCGGUCGAGGAAGUGGCACACCCAACAAAGAGCCGAUUGAGCAUCUCUGGCUGGUUCCACCGUCCUCAGCCCGACGAAGAGGGGUACGAUGAGGCCGAUGAGAAGCGCGAAGAGCAGGAGCGAAAGGACCACGCCAGCGCAGAAGGCCUGCUCUCCAAAGAGUUCGACGCUGCAUUCACGCCCUACGCAGACGCACUCGAGGCCCCUCUGCCAGGCUCGGACCUGUCUCUGGAGGACCGCAAGUUCCUGUCCUACUUUCUCAACCCGCUCUACCUCCAGCGUCCAAACCAGGCCGCCCUUUUUGACAGGUUCGGCGACGAUUCGCACAUCUUGCUCGCCGACUUUCUCAACAAGGACUUUGCGUCGGCCGUCGAAAGGGGGCUCAAGGCAGCUGAUGGCCAUGAUCAUCUCCGGUGGUGGGAGCUUGACGGCGGUCGCGAGAGGGCCUCCGUGCCAAAACACUCGACGGGCGUCGAGCGAGGAUGGACGAUUCAGGGACCUCCUCACCGCCAGCGUUUCCUCGCUUUGGGACAGCCCAGUGUACCUGCCGAGGAGAAUCCAGCGCCUCCGUCGUCGGCUGCGUCGGAGCUGGAUGCCGACGCCUUGAUCGACGCGCUGAAGACGAAGCUGCUCCCUUCGCCUGCCUUUCGACACUUCCUCGCCAACAUCUCCCAGCUCGUUCCCAUCGGCGCACGGCCCAUACAAGCCCGACGCUUCCGACCAGGGCUCGACUACACCCUGGCCCGGUCCGAUGAGGAGGCAGUGCUCGAUGUGGUGCUCGACUUGACACCCGAUGUCGGACGCAUGGCUGUCGAGGCUGCCGGCGCUGGCGCACCGCGGGGCCUAGCAGGCAAGGCCAAGAAGGCAAAGAUGAACGGGUCGGCAAAGACGUCCAAGAUUGGGCCGAAGGCGGCCAAAGCGCUCAAGGAGGCAUGGCAGAACGGCGAGACAGGCGGCUGGGAGUGCUACAUGGCGCCCAAUGACGAGUCGGAUGACCCGGCAGUGUACGGAAGCGGCGCAAAGCGCGAGGCAGAAGAGGCAGAAGAAAGUGCCGCAAAGGAGAACGGCAACGCAGAGGCAGGAGAGGGGCAGGACGGCGGCGCAGAGGACGAAGAACCGGUAGAGAUGGAGCUUGAUGAAGAGGAAGAUGAUGACGAAGAAGAAGACGAGUCUGGAGUGCUCCUGAAUCUAACGCCGACAUUCAACACGCUGAGCCUGGUCUUGCGAGAUCAAAAGGUGAUGCGCUUCGUCAAAUACCUCAGCGCCAGCGCAGGCGGAAGCCGCUGGGACAUCAGCGCCGAAUACGAGGUUGGCGCGGCUGUCGUGGAAGAGGAGUGAUUCGUGGUCGGGCUGGCUUGUUGCAAUCAUCUGUAUUUCUUAUCUCCGCUCCUCAUAUUCGAUUCACUUUCAGCUCAUCCGAAGUCACAGCGAUGGCUCUCCGCUACAGCAUCUGUCUCUCAGUCCCUUUGUGCUGUUCGCACCCUGCUUUCACUAUCG